UAAAGCACGGUGGAUUGAAAAGAAAAAGAAGCAACUGUUUCUAGAUUUAUUUAGACAACAAUGGAUGGUUGAAUAAAAUAAAAUAAAUUUUUUGGCCAAUUGGCGAGCUUUAAGAAUGAAGAAGGAAAGGGAUUGAAAGAAGAAAAAGUAAUGAAGGAAGGGACAAGGAGAGGGGGUAAGGGACAGGUAUAUAUAUUUAGUUGGUUGGUUCUUUUACUAAAAGUAAAUGCUUGAAAAUUAAAAGAAAAUAAAAUUUAUUAUGGUCUUUUUAGAAGAUAAAAAGUGCUAAAAAGUUAUAAAAAAUUUGGGAAAAUAAUGAAGAAAAAAAGGAAGGUAAAAGAGAAGUCUAGAAAAAUAAUGUCUCUUUUAGAUAUAAAUAAUUGGCUUAUUGCCGAGAUAAAAAUAAAUUUAAAAGAAAAGUUUUCCCAUGUCUAGAAAACUUCUUUUCAUUAUCAGCUUUCAUCAAUGAAUUGCCGCCCUUCCCCUACAGGCAAAGUCAUAAAUCGUUCAUUCUCUCCCCCGGCAUUGCCUCAAUUUUCGCUAUUUUGCUCUGUUUGCUGUCCAAUAUUUGCCUUAAAAACUUUUCUCGCAGCACGCCCCCUCCAAAAAAAUAUUUUUAUCUAUUCUUCUUCUUCUUCCUUUUUUCUCUUCUUCCCCCCCCCCCUUACUUUUUAACUGUCCACAUUCCUUCUUCACUUCCAUUUUCUAUUCCCAGCCACCAUCUUCUUCGCACCGCUCGCGCCAUAAAUCACUCGUCGUGGUGCCCAACCCGCCGGGUAAAUACUUUUUAGUUGGAAGUAGUUGAGAGGAAUAAAUAGAUUUGGAAAAAUAAGAAAAGAUGAAGAACACGGCGGACAAGGCGGAUUUGUAACUCGAUUUUCAGAAGGCUUUUUUUCCUCUUUUUUUUCUUUUCAAUCCCCAAAAAUUCUUUACAUAUAUCCAUCGCUAAUAAAAACAAUUUAUAAAAAAAUUAUUAUUUUCCGAAUUUUUUUAUUUUUGGCAAUAUUUUUUCCUUUUUAAAUUUCUUUAUAAGUGAAUUAAAUUCUUAAAUUUAAUGAUAAAAGUACAUAAGGAUAAGCUAUAAAUAUACCUUUUUCCUUUACUUUGAGGCAUUCCCUUCCAGAACGAGGCCGAAGAAUAAAAGGGCAUUAAUAAGCUACA